AUGUCAUCGAAGAAAAAGAAGAAGAACAAGAAGGUAAGUUGUUUCUUUAGCACUACAUAUUUAUAUUAUACUUCCUAUUCCGAUAUAUUCAUAUUUUAUUUCUUAUCACAAUAUAUUCGUAGCAUACUUCUAUUAGGUGCCGACAUAAAGAAGCCGCCAUUUUUUACAGAAAAUUAUAGGAAAAGUAUGGCGAGUUCUUUAUUUCGGCACUUAAUACUUAGCCAUUUUUUGUAUUUACUGUAGUAACAAACCCUUCUAACUCUACAGCAAGCUACUGUAACUUUUAAAACUUACAUUUAUGUUUUCAGGUUGAUUCAAAUGAAUCAAAGAAUUCAAAGCAUAAAAAGAAUCCAGAAACACCGGGUAGGUUACCUUUGUUGCAGUAACUUUUUUUCUGUAGCAUUUUACUACAGGCUACUGUAAUUUGAGCCACGUAGGAUAAAAUUUGGCUAAGGCUAGAGCUACAUUUAAGACUAGUCUUAAGGUUAUAGCUAAGACUAGAGAUUAGACUAAAACCUUGGCUAAGGCUGAAGCUAGGGCAAAGGCUAGGGCUAGACAUAUCGCUGCGGCUAGGGCUAAAGAUGGGACUUGAGAUAGGGCAAAGGCUCUAGACUAGGGCUCUGGGCUAACGCUCUGUACUAGGGCUAGGGCUCUGGGCUAGGGCUAAGACUUGCUAACCUAAUACUGUAAUUUUCAGCAAACGCCAAAGAAGACAGUAAGAAAAAGAAGGUGUCGAAGCAGAAAGGAAAGGAGAAACAUGGGCAUCAUGCAUCAGCCGCUCCAGAACCUCAAAAAUUCAUGCCAGUAUGUAUGGACCCAGCACCAGCAGUAGUACAACAAAAGGAUCCACCACCCCGAGCCGGAUCUCCAGUCCCCAAAAAAGAUGGACCAAAAGCACCAAUAGUACCAAACCAGUACGAGAAUCUGGCCGCUCUUGAGAACAACGAACCAACAGCACCAGCAGUGUCAAAGAAAGACGAAGCAGCCAACAAAUUGCCAGAGACUGUACCAAAGAAAGAAGAACCAAAAGCUGGACCAAAAGCUCCAAUAGUACCAUGCGAGUAUGAGAACAUGGCUGCAUUUGAAAAUAAUAAAGCAGAUGCACCACACAACAAUGGACCAGUACCAGGUGGGGUACCAAACAAUGGACCAGUACAAGGCGGAGUACCAACCAACAACGGACCUGUACCAGGAGCACCACACAAUGGCGGAGUACCAGGAGGACUACCGUACAAUAGCGGUGUACCAGGUGGAGUACCACACAAUGGCGGAGUAUUAGGCGGAGUACCAGGCGGACCAAACUAUGGCCCAAUACCAACAAUAGUACCAAAAGUAGAUGCUCCAGCUGUACCAAAACAAGCCGAGGCAACAAUAGCACCACAUAAAGCUGACCCAGCCCCAGGUGGAGUACCAAAACCGGAUGGAAUAGUACCAGUAGCAACUAUAGUACCAAGAAAACCAGAGUCAGUACCAGGCGGAGUACCAAUGUUACCAUCAGGUGCACCAAAACAAGCCGAAGCUACAAUAAUACCCCAAAAGGCCGACCCAGUACCAGCUGGAGUACCAAAUAACCCUGUACCAACAAUGGCACCAAGACCAAAUGGAAUGGUACCAACAUUGGCACCGAAACCGGAUGGAAUAGUACCAGUACCAACAAUGGCCCCAAGAAAACCGGAAUCAGCACCAGGUGGCGUACCAAACAACCCCGGACCAGUACCAUCAAUGGCCUCAAGUAAACCGCAAUCCGGUCCAGUACCAAUGGCACCAAGUGCGUCACCACCGCCUGUACCAAACCAGUACGAACCUCUAGUCGACAUGGACAACAAUGCACCACCACCAGUACCAGGUAUGGAAACAAAAAAGUGGUAG